GGCCGUUCCGCGCGCGCUGUGGGCCGGGGCCGGCGUCGCUGGGCCUGGAGCGUGCUGGGGACUGGCAGGCAGGCCUGCUGGCAACAACGGAGGGGCACUUCGGGAGGGGGGCCACAACGCGGGGGUUGCCGCGAGAGAGGUCGGUCCACGGCGGCGGUCUGUUGGGGCAUCGAGCAAGAUGUCGCCCAAGCGUCGGGGAACAUAGGGAGAAUGCAUCCCUGUUAACAGAGACAGGCAGAGAGAUACAGAGUUGAAGUUCGUUGGUUUCAAAUGGAUGCAGAAUGGCCUGACGCUGCCAGGGCGGAAUGGGAACUUCGUCAUGAAAUCUGGAACAAGAGUGCUUACCACUUUGAUCAGAGCCAUUGGAAGAAGAUACAGGCGUACCUUGCGGAGAGGGGGUGGGCAGACAAGAGACGAGAACAUGGUCAACAAGGGGGAGACUUGGGAGAGGAAGAUGAAGAUGACCCUGAGCGAGUGGCGGAGGAAGAGAACGAGCAGGCUGGAAGGGAUUGUGAGGCGCCUGAGAGUGGAGGUGUCCAGGGUGGUCGUCGGGCUGACGACGACGGGUCCGCGGAGGUUCCGAUCGAUGUUGAGAGGGAGGAGGAGCGUGACUGCGGAGCGUUGAGGGGAGAUAAGAGAGCGGUCACUGGCAUUGGGACGUCGACGAAGAGGAGGACUUCUUCGCAGCCCCUUCCGCCGACAGGAGCCGCGAAGAAGUUUCGUCAGUCGCGCAUGGAGGAGUCUUUCGACCCUAAAUGGCAGCAGGACCUGGACGCCUAUUUCCUACAGUGGUUUUAUGUUAGCAGCAUCCCGUUUCACGCGGCAGGGAGGCCAGAGUACAACACCUUCAGGAGGUACCUCGCGACAUGCCCCUCUCGAGUGCAUCCGACUCUUCCCAACCUUCCCCGCAUCUCUGGCGAUGGUAUUGUGCAGCAGCACAAGGACGUUGCGGAGAUGCUCGCGACACAGAGGAGAGAUGUGGCGGCAACAGGAGCUACCAUCCUCACCGAUGGUCGCAAAUCCAUCAUUGCUGAUCAAAUAGUCAACUUUUUGGCAGUCGGGUCUUCGGGGGCGUACCUACUGAGGAUAGUGCAGAGGGUUGGUACUGAGCAGGACACGGCGACUGUGGUUGUGAGGCAGUUGAAGAAGGUGCUCAAUGACUUCGGCCUCGAAAAUGUGAAUGCAACUUGUACGGACUCUGUGGGGAUAUACGUCGCGGGCGCGAAGCUCCUUGCGAAGGACAAGGAUCUUCGAUACAGUCGCAUCACUUGGCUCCCGCGAUUCUCCGCACGUCACACCGCCAAAGGGCAGACAGCGUCGUCGUCGGCUUCUAGCGGCACCUCUGGUCGCGGUCGGAAGCUCAUUUGCCCAGUGCAGACCAGAUUCGCUACACAUUACCUGAUGUUGGAGCGGCUGUUGGAGCGACGUCACGCGCUCGAGGAGAUGAUAAUCAGCGACGAGUGGUUGCGACAGCCGUGGAGACGGAGCUUGUGGCUUCAAUCGAGGUGGGUGCGGCAACAGAUCAGAUUCACUGCCUUUUGGGAUGAUGUCCAGGACAUUGUGGAGUUCAUGACACCUGUCAUGGAGUUGUUGCGCAGACUCGACCGUGGGGGGCAUGUGAUGUCGCGCUUGUGGUCAUGGUUGGAGAGGGGGGAGAAGGAGGCAUCGGCGGUUGCUCAGUGGUGGGUGCAGUGGGGGGACGGUGUGCCUCUGUUGCAGAGUAUCGCAGUUCGCCUGAUGCACACGUGGACAUGUGCCUCUCCUGCGGAGAGGAACUGGGAUGUCGACGAGCGCAUUCAGGUGAAGCGGCGAAACAAGCUUGGUUUUACCAAGCUCACUCGUUUGGUCGAGAUAUCCACCAAUUUGAGACUGCUUCGAUGCCACACGAGGGGGGUGGGAAACGUUCUCCCAUGGGAGGACGAGGAUGUCGUCAUGGAGGACGAGAGACCGGAGCCACGUGACUCAGGAGUCCGCCCUGCGGACAAGGUUACUGAUGAGCAGGUGGACAGGCCAGGUUGUGCAGAUGCACAGUGUCAGGGCCUGUCCAUUCGACAGCGACAGCACACUUCCAUCGACUCCGACAGCAACGACGAUGAUGGAGGGUACGAGGGCAGCAGCGAGUCUGAGGACGACAUGGAUUUCGACAGCGGUGCGGGCGACACCCCAAGGGGAGGUGGUGAGGGUCCUCGAGACAUUGUUGUCGAGGAGCAGCACAGUCAGCGACAUUCUGCUAGGUUGGUGGAGGAGAGGGGUCGUGGGGCAGGGGGGUCAGCCAGGGGUGGAGGAGACGGAGGAUCGGGGGGACAAAUUCCACUUUCACCUCAUGGGGGGAGAUCUGAGGCUGGCCACGGCCUUCUGGCCACUACAGGGGAUUUCGUCGCGGCGCCCGGCUCGUUGUCCGAUAUUUUGGGUAUGUCGAUGGGACCUCCGCCGACUGUCGGUAAUGCUAGACAGACCCCCGUUGCCGCGGGCAAUACACCCACCAACCAGAUUGUACGAGGAUUGGAUACUGACGGGGGUGUCUCGAGCAGUUUGUUAAUGGAGGCGGCUCAGGGGAUGGAGGUCUUGGAGUGCGAAGGUAGAGAGGAUCCUCUUACGGCUGAUCGGCGGGAGCGGAUGGAGGAUACCAGUCGGAGAGCUUUGGGAGACCCCCCACCAUAUGCACCAUGUAGCCCGUCAGUGCCCUCCUCCAUGACAGGCGUCAGCCCUCCCCCUUGGGAUCCUAUGGCACAGAUGCAGAGCAUUAGGGCCGCAUGUGCGGCAAAUAAGAGGUCGUGGGAUAAUGGUCGUGGGGGAUCAGAGAGUCGUUCAUCUGUAGGAGGGACACAGCUGGCGGAGGGUAGAGGUUUACACAGUCUUUCUCUGCAGUCGCGAAUGAAGACUCGGCCGCAUGGUUUAGGCUCUGUGAGGAAGGUCACUCAGGCGAUGCGAGACAUGCAGCCAGGAUUAGUUGCCAUACCCGCAUCUAUGAGACCUCCACCGUUGCCGUGAGGGGGAGAUGUUGAGGUGGAUACAGCAGGUUGGGGUCGGGGCGGGAUUCGCAGAUCGCGUUUGGAUAGUAAUG